AUUGUGUCUGUGUCGUACUUGAUUUAAACAUACUAUAAUACAUGUACUUAUGAAAACUUAUUUUCGUAAGCUCGUUGGGUAUAAUAAAAAGAAGAAAUAACUGUACAAAAGUGCGAUUCACGGAAUGUCUGACAAUUGCCGUGUGUCUGAGGCCCUUUACGCGGGUCUGUGUGAUUAUAUAGGGACACCGACAGAAGUGACCGUCAGGAGGGAGGUGGGGGACAUGGUGGAGAAGAUACAGAAACCUGCAAAGAUACAUCGAGGUUAUAGAUACAUGUACAUGACAAGUGGUAGUGAUAGGGAAGGUUUUAGGUUUGAAUCUUCUGACAUAGACACAAUGGGCUGGUUUACUAAUCAUAAAGUGAUUAGUGACUUAGCACAGUCCAUUGCUAAUGAUUUAUCAAAAUAUUUCAUUAUUCUCAUGGAGGACAUUGAUACACCACCGGGGUUUGUCAGACUACAGCUUCUGACGCCACCACAAAGUGAAAUCAUUGAAUCAUUAGUUGUUCCAUUCAGUGACGGGAUGUACAUAUCAAAUGUAGAGUGGAGACAAAUGCCAUUCACUUUGAUUGUAGAAGAGGGUUUCUUCAAAAAUAUAAAACAGCAUGGACCUUGUACAAAUUUUUUCUACGAGGAUGUUGAAAGUGAUUUUGCUCUUUGUUUCCAUUGUUCCUAUUGGUCUAGGCUAACCUUACAUUGGAGAAAAAGAUGUACUCUGCAUAACUGGCCUCCAAACCACGUGUUUGAUGAUAUUCUAGGGAAUGGAUGUCAUAUUGUGCCCAUCGGAAGUAAAAUAGCAGGCAAUGAAAAUGAACUGGAGUGGAGAUUGUCCUUUUCUCAGGCAGAGCAAAAACUUGUGUAUUCAAUGAAUCAUACACAGUUCUUGUGUUAUGGGCUUUUAAAAAUAUUUCUAAAGGAAAUCGUUAAUGGCGACAUAGUCAAUCGUGGCAUAGAGGAACCAUUCCUGUGUUCGUAUUUCGUGAAGACAACGAUGUUCUGGCUGAUACAAAUAGGACAUAUUACAUGGUCCCCAAAUAAACUACUGGAUUGUUUCUGGAAAAGUUUCAAAUUUCUUUUACAUUGUGUCUAUCAAGGUGUGAUGCCAAACUUUUUUAUUCCACGGAACAACAUGUUUGUCAGCAAAUUGUCUACAGUCAAAGGUGUGCGCACACGAGAGUGUUUGUUCACACAACUGAACGGGUAUUACGAAAUGGGCGUGACACAUUGUUUGCUACAAAGUCCGACAGUCAGAAAAAUGAUUGAACCAGUCAUAUGUACCAUCCUUGUCAGAAUAGAUCCACUUAAGGGGCAUAUUAAGAGUGCUGCUGAUAUUGACAUUUGUUUUAGAAAUGAAAUCUUUGCAAUAAGUGUGUUAGAAAAGGACGUACGGGAUAACUACUUUACUCUGAGGUUUAUCAUAAGUUUGUCAAUUCAAUCAUUAACACAAUAUAAGACGUUAACAUUACAGAAAUAUAUCGCUGAUGAAUUAGUUACAGCAGCAUUCUUGCAUCUCAAUACUUCAACAGAUAGUACAAAUAAGGCAGUCUACAGAUCAGACAGACUGGUUGGUAACUUGUUGAAGCUGGCAGGUAGAGUGGGUGAUGUGUCUUGUUUGUUGUAUCUUGCUAUGUAUUACUACAGAACAUGUAGAUAUAGAGAGGCGCUUCAUGUUACAGCUCGGGUUAAAUCAAAACUCACACAGCCCUAUAUCAUGUAUUACAGAGUAGACCGAGUAAGGUACAAUGAAUCAGUGGCUGGGUGGUCUCUGUCUAAACGGAUGAAGAAAGCUUGGGUAUACAACUUACGUCUUUAUAGUAAUGUUUAUUAUGUACAGGAAUUUGAUUUAGAACAGAAAAUAAGCACAGAUAACGGUGAACUAGCCUUGGAUAUUUCACCCUAUGUAUUGACAGACAUGUUAAGUGUGUUAUGUAACUACAGACUAGGUAACCGGUCCCAGUGUCUACAGUCACUGACAGACCUACAGACACUGCUGCUCUAUGAUGACGGGAGAUACGUACCUUUGAACCUUAGAGACCUUUCGUGUCAGAUACUGGGGAUCUGUCAGCACGUUGUGGGGGACCUACACGGGGCGGAAAAAUUUAUUUUUUAGACACAAAAACAUGUACAUUUUUUAAUCUAUGGCUGAAAUUGAAAACUAUGAAAAUCAGCAUAUCACUUACAUUGAAAAAAUAAUGUACAUUUAACAAUUUUAUUUAUCUCUAGAAAAGGCAUUUCAUGAAUUAUAAAUUUUAUUGUAGUAUGAAUUCUGAUGUCAUAUUUUAACUUUUGUAUUAAGAUUACAUUUAAUAAUAUGUACAUGCAACCAGUUAUUAAAUUUAACAUUUACAAUAUGACAGUGAACUGAUGUGAUUACAUUAACUUGUCUUUCAGUGUGCAAGAUUGUGAUGUCAUAAUAAAGUGAAA